CACAGCCUGCCGUUUCUAAUGAGAAUACAUUAGUCAUAGUGGGCAGAACAAGCAAGGAGGUGGGCAGAGACAAACACGAGCCAGUGAGAUCCAAUUAGUCUAGAUCCUUCUUGCAUAUAUCUGCAUAUUUCCGAGUGUGCAAUAACUCAAUUCGCAUUUGCACUCCUAAACAACGCAAUUUUUUGCAACUGGCAAAUGUUAAAGUCUGAAAAACGUAGUCCACUUUGUUCAUAACGGAUUCUAGCUUGGGGAACAGAAAACUGUAUUGAGAUCCAAUGUUUCAUUGAUUAGAAAAUUUGCUGAAUUUCAGCCAAAAUCCAUCUCCUUCCAUCGUCUCCCACUGCCGGCCAUAUUUGGUAGUGAGUGAAAACGCCAAGCGGAUUCUUCACAUUUUAUACAUCUGGUGAAAUAUCUGUCUCGUUGUUCUAUCUGUGCAUAAACAGCUUCUCCAAUAGAAAUCCCGAUCAAACUCUGUGUCCACACCUUGGCUCACACACCGCGACGCAAGGUGACGUUCAAUUGCACCGACGUCAAACGUUGCCCUCCACCAUGCGUAUUAAAUGUAUUGUUGUUGGAGUGGUUGUUAUGACUGGACAAGGCCUCGGUUUAAAUUAGGAGACCCCGCCGUCGCUGCCACGGUAGACCUGCCGAUGGAGGGCAUGGACAUAGACCUGGACCCGGAGCUCAUGCAGAAAUUCAACUGUAUGGGCACCACUGACAAGGAUGUCCUCAUCUCAGAAUUCCAAAGACUGCUGGGGUUCCAACUCAACCCCGCAGGAUGCGCCUUCUUCCUUGACAUGACCAACUGGAAUCUACAGGCAGCCAUCGGUGCAUAUUAUGACGUUGAGAGUCCCAGCAUCAACACACCAUCCAUGUCCUUUUUGGAGGAUGUGACGAUUGGUGAGGGAGAGUCUGUUCCCCCCGACACACCGUUCACAAAGACCUGGAGGAUACAGAAUACAGGUGCAGAGUCCUGGCCACCUGGGGUAUGUCUGAAGUACAUUGGAGGGGACCAGUUUGGCCACAUCAACAUGGUGAUGGUGCGCUGUCUAGACCCCCAGGAGAUCUCAGAUGUUAGUGUGCAGAUGCACAGCCCUGUGUCACCUGGCAUGUACCAGGGCCAAUGGAGGAUGUGCACAGCCACAGGACUGUUUUACGGAGAUGUGAUCUGGGUGAUCCUCAGUGUAGAGGUGGGGGGCCUUUUGGGCGUGACACAGCAGCUGUCCUCCUUCGAGACAGAGUUCAACACGCAGCCGCACCGCAACGUGGAGGGAGACUUCAACCCCUUCGCCUCGCCACAGAAGAGCAAACACAACUCCGGAGACCACAACAACUUGAAAGACCCUGGAGGAGCCUGGGAGGGCACGCAGGACGCCAUCCAGCAAGAUCAAAACGGACUGUCUCACAAUGCUGUAAAUAGAGCAUCGAAUGGGCUCCAAAGCAAUCUAUCAGUAGUCACUUACAGUCAGGGUAUUCAUGGCCCCUAUCCGUUUGGCCAGAGUUAAAAAGAUGGGAGAUCCAGGCGGUGCUGAACUGACCUGGGUAUGUUGAGGCAGGGGCACCGGAGAGGGGAGUGACACAUUUCAUACAGACUCCAGACAACCCUCUUCCUUGCCCCCAAUCCACCAAAACACAAGCUACAGAGAGAACAAGGACGCACCGACCCCAGCGAAUAACCCCCUACCUACAUCAUCAGCACCCUCCUGAGAUCUGUCUGUAAAUGCCACAUAAUGAGUGCUAUAAAUCCUUUAAAAAAAGUUGUCGUACUACUACACAGCUGUUUUUAGUUUUCUUUCUUAUUUUUAUCUGUCAACACACCUCAGUGAGUAAGGACUGCUGGAUGAGUUUAGCAAAGGGAUGGAUGCGUGUGAGCUUGAGCAAAUGACGUGUGAGUGAAAAAAAGCCAUCUAAAACAAUUUUGCCUGUUGAGCAAUUGUACAGUUGAAGUCGGAAGUUUACCUACACCUAGGUUGGAGUCAUUCAAACUAUGUUUUUCAACCACUCCACAAAUUUCUUGUUAAGUAACUAAAGUUUUGGCAAGUUGGUUAGGAUAUCUACUUUGUGUGACACAAGUCAUUUUUCCAAAAAUUGUUUACAGACAGAUUAUUUCACUUACAAUUCACUGUAUCACAAUUCCAGUGGGUCAGAAGUUUACAUACACAAAGUUGACUGUGUGUUUAAACGGCAUGGAAAAUUCCAGAAAAUUAUGUCAUGGCUUUAAAAGUUUCUGAUUGCUAAUUGACGUCAAUUGGAGGUGUAUCUGUGGAUAUAUUUCAAGGCCUACCUUCAAACUCAGUGCCUCUUUACUUGACAUCAUGGGGAAAGCUAAAUAAAUCAGCCAAAAAAUUGUAGACAUCCACAAGUCUGGUUCAUCCUUGGGAGCAAUUUCCAAACGCCGAAAGGUACCACGUUCAUCUGUACAAAGAAGAGUACGUAAGUAUAAACACCAUAGGACCACGCAGCUGUCAUACCGCUCAGGAAGGAGACUCGUUCUCUCUCCUAGAGAUGAACGUACUUUGGUGCGAAAAGUGCAAAGCAAUCCCAGAACAACAACAAAUGACCUUGUGAAGAUGCUGGAGGAAACGUCUACAAAAGUGUAUAUAUACACAGUAAAACGAGUCCUAUAUCGACAUAACAUGAAAGACCACUCAGCAAGGAAGAAGCUACUGCUCCAAAACCGCCAUUAAAAAAAGCCAGACUACAGUUUGCAACUGCACAUGGGGACAAAUAUCGUACUUUUUGGAGAAAUGUCCUCUGGUCUGAUGAGACAAAAAUAGAACUGUUUGGCCAUAAUGACCAUUACUAUGUUUGGAGGAUAAAGGGGAACGCUUGCAAGCCGAAGAACACCAUCACAACCGUGAAGCACAGGGGUGGCAGCAUCAUGUUGUGGGGGUUCUUUGCUGCAGGAGGGACUGGUGCACUUAACAAAAUAGAUGGCAUCAUGUGGAAGGAGAAUUAUGGGGAUAUAUUGAAGCAACAACUCAAAACAUCAGUCAGGAAGUUGAAGCUUGGUCGCAAAUGGGUCUUCCCAAUGACCCCAAGCGUACUUCCAAAGUUGUGGCAAAAUGGCUUAAGGACAACAAAGUCAAGCGAUUGGAGUGGCCAUCACAGAGCCCUGACCUCAAUCCUAUAAAAAAAAUUGUGGGCAGAACUGAAAAAGCGUGUGCGAGCAAGGAGGCCUACAAUCCUGACUCCGUUUUACACCAGCUCUGUCAGGAGGAAUGGGCCAAAAUGCACCUAACUUAUUGUGGGAAGCUUGUGGAAGGCUACCUGACACAUUUGACCCAAGUUAAACAAUUUAAAGGCAAUGCUACCAAAUACUAAUUGAGUGUGUGUAAACUUCUGACCCACUGGGAAUGUGAUGAAAGAAAUAAAUAAAUCAUUCUCUCAACUAUUAUUCUGACAUUUCACAUUCUUAAAAUUAAAGUGGUGAUCCCAACUGACCUAAGACAGAGCAUUUUUACUAUGAUUAAAUGUCAGGAAUUGUGAAAAAUGUAGUUUAUAUGCAUUUGGCUAAGGUGUAUGUAAACUUCCAACUUUAGGUUUUAAAUCAAUGUCUGCAUAUGUACAGUACCAGUCAGAAGUUCCAAUGUUCUUUAUUUUUCCUAUUUUCUACAAUGUAGAAUAAUAGUGAAGACAUCAACUAUUAUAUAACACAUGGAAGGAAUCAUGUAGUAACCAAAAAAGUGUUAAACAAAUCAAAAUAUAUUUGAGAUUCUUCAAUGUAGCCACCCUUUGCCUUGACAACAGCUUUUGCACACUCUUGGCAUUCUCUCAACCAGCUUAAUGAGAGUCACCUGGAAUACAAUUAACAGGUGUGCCUUGUUAAUUUGUGGAAUUCAUGUCCUCAAUGCGUAUGAGCCAAUCAGUUGUGUUGACAAGGUAGGGUUGGUAUACAGAAGAUAAAUCUAUUUGGUAAAAUACCAAGUCUUUAUUAUGGCAAGAACAACUCAAAUACGAAAAGAGAAACGACAGUCCAUCACUACUUUAAGACAAUCCGGAAAAUGUAAAGAACUUUGAAAGUUUAAGUGCAGUCGCAAAAACCAAGCGCUAUGAUGAAACUGGCUCUCACGAGGACCGCCACAGAAAGGAAGACCCAGAGUUACCUCUGCUGUUCAUUAGGGUUACCAGCCUCAGAAAUUGCAGCCCAAAUAAAUUAUUCAGAGUUCAAGUAACAGACACAUCUCAACAUCAACUUUUCAGAGGAGACUGUGAAUCAGACCUUCUUGGUUAAAUUGCUCCAAAGAAACGGCAGUGGGGCCGCAGCAUAGCCUAGUGGUUAGAGCAUUGGACUAGUAACCGAAAGGUUGCAAGAUCGAAUCCCCGAGCUGACAAGGUACAAAUCUGUCCUUCUGCUCCUGAACAAGGCUGUUCCUAGUUAAACCACUACUAAAGGACACCAAUAAGAAGAGACUUGCUUGGGCCAAGAAACACGAGAAGAAACACGAGCAAUGGACAUUAGACCGGUGGAAAUCUGUCCUUUGGUCUGAUGAGUUCAAAUUUGAGAUUUUUGGUUCUUUUGUGAGACACAGAGUAGGUGAACGGAUGAUCUCUGCAUGUGUGGUUCCCACCAUGAAGCAUGGAGGUGUGAGGGUGUGGGGGUGCUUUGCUGGUGACCUCAUCUGUGAUUUAUUAUGAAUUCAAGGCACCCUUAACCUGCUUGGCUACCACAGUAUUCUACAGCGAUACCUCAUCCCAUCUGGUUUACACUUAGUCCCACUGUCAUUUGUUUUUCAACAGGACAAUGACCCAAAACACACAUCCAGGCUGUGUAAGGGCUAUUUGACCAAGAAGGAGAUUUAUGGAGUACUGCAUCAGAUGACCUGGCCUCCACAAUCACCUGACCUCAUCCCAAUUAAGAUGGUUUGGGAUGAGUUGGUCCGCGGAGUGAAGGAGAAGCAGCCAACGAGCUCAGCAUUUCAAAUUGUAUUUGUCACGUGUGCCGAAUACAACAGGUGUAGACCUUACCGUGAAAUGCGUACUUACAAGCCCUUAACCAACAAUGUAGUUCAAGAAGUAGUGUUAAUGAAAUAUUUACUAAAUUAACUCAAGUUAAAAAAAUUUUUGAAUCAAUCAAAAUAACACUAUAACGAGGCUAUUUGCAGGGGGUACCAGCACUGAGUCAAUGUGUGGGGGUACAGGUUAAUCGAGGUAAUUUGUAAAGUGACUAUGCAUAGAAAAUAAACAGCGAGUAGCAGCAGUGUAAAGACAAAGGGAGGGGGAGGUGGACCCAUGCCAAGUCUUUUCAGUCUCCUGCGGCGGAAAAGGUGUUGCUGUGCCCUCUUCACAACUGCCUUGGUGUGUUUGAACCAUGAUAGUUUGGUGAUGUUGACACCAAGGAACUUAACUCUCGACCCGCUCCACUUCAGUCCCGUCAAUGUUAAUGGGGGCCUGUUCGGCCUUCCUAUAGUCCAAAUCAGCUCCUUUUGUCUUGCUCACAUUGAAAGGUUGUUGUCCUGGCACCAAACUGCCAGGUCCAUGACCCCUUCCCUAUAGGCUGUCUCAUCUUUGUUGGUGUCGUCAGAAAACUUAAUGGUGGUUUUGGAGUCGUGCUGGCCACACAUUCAUGGGUGAACAGGAAAUACAAGAGGGGACUAAGCACUCACCCUUGAGGGGCCCUAGUGUUGAGGAUCAGCGUGACAGAUGUUAUGUUGCCUACCCUUACUACAUGUGGGAACUCCUUCAAGACUGUUGGAGAAGCAUUCUACGCAAAGAUGGUUGAGAGAAUGCCAAGAGUGUGCAAAGCUGUCAUCAAAACAAAGGUUGGUUACUUUGAAGAUUCCGAAAUAUAAAAUAUAUUUUGAUUUGUUUAACACUUUUUCUUGGUUGCUACAUGAUUCCAUAUGUGUUAUUUCAUCGUUUUGAUGUCUUCACUAUUAUUCUACAAUGUAGAAAAUUGUCAAAUAAAGAGAGAACUUUGAAUGAGUAGGUGUGUCCAAACGUUGGACUGUUACUAUAUGUGUAUGGUUUCCUUCUGGAUUUUACUAAACAUGAAAUGGUGGUUACUACAUCGGCAAGAAAGUGGUGACCUAUGUACACAUAAAUAUAAUACUCAUUCUAAAACAAUUCCUCCACUGAUGUUUCAGAAUUUAGGAUACAGGCCUGUGAAUGAGUAGCCCAGUAAGUAAGGCUUUGCUGUACUGUUCUAACACAGAGAUGCAUAGUUCAGUGGUAAAGCUUGUUCUUUAGAGCAAGCAGAUGGUGCUAUUAAUUAAACUACCAAACCAAAUCGUCUCUGACACGUCACGACAGACAACAUCAUAGAAAGAUCGACUUCUGGAUUUGUGACUUCUCAAGCCAUCAGCAAUAUCAACACCAUUGUUUUAUUUCUGCAGUUUCUGCAGUUUGCACGAUGCCACUUCGGAUAUUUGCAAGUGGUGAUUCGAUGUACUAUCAGGAUCUAGAGCGUAUUUUGUUUUCAUAUAUACUCCUUGUUUUAUUUUUCUUCCAAACUUGUACACAACAUUGAAAUCCCGUUUUGAUUGUCAAACUAAGUAAAUUUGGUACUACUUAUAUUCAAACGAACACAGGGUCAACCCUGGAAUUCAUUGUCCUCUGCAUAAAUUGCUGUAUGAGGUCUUGUUAUGUUAAUCAUUGUUUCCAAAUGUCAACCAAACUGAGUUAACAUCAUGUUCUGCCAUUUGUUUACCAUUUGGAAUGUUGUCGUUUUGAACCCUUUUUCUAUCGCACCCUUCAAGUAAUCCUGAUUUGUCUGCUUCCUAUGUUCCAACAGGUUGAGUAAAAAUAAAAAAAGGCAAUUUGUGACCAUUGUUAUUCAUCGACUAAAGCUGUUGUAGAUGGCCGUACAAUAGUCUUUUAUGGUUCAUUCUGAUGUACGGUGUCUGUUUUCUUGUGGGCAUGGUGUUUUCACACAAGCCUUUCAUAUUUCUGUAUUUCUCGAGGUCAUUACUGUUAGUCUUCCCAAACGUUUUUUUUUUUUUAUACGACUUUUUUUUAUCGGAGUACCUUGCUGUCUGCUUUGCUUGUGUUUUGUGUUCGAUGGGGAGUUUUUAAUUGUUUUCUUUUUUUUAAGCGGUGUGGCAUGGUGAGUGGACGAGUGGAGAGUUUGCAUAGUCUUACGAUAGAACAUUUAUGAGAAGAAAACAUGUCAAAUUCAAGCAUAUUUCCUGUAUGUAUAAAUUAAGAUUUGUAUGAUUAAAUUAACACUGACACAAAUAA